AUGGAUUUAGAAGGCUCACCUUUUAAGGACUACAAAGUUAUCCAAACCUUAGGCCGUGGAGCCUAUGGAACGGUUUAUAGGGUAAGCUCACCUGAAGGAGCCGAUUUUGUACUAAAAUCAAUAAGUCUAGAACAUCUGUCUAAACGUAAACAGCAAGAUGCAUUAAAAGAAGUAACGAUUCUCCAAGGUCUUUCCCAUUCCCACAUUAUCCACUAUUUUUCAAAUUGUGUCCAUGACAACAAGCUGCUUAUUCUAAUGGAAUUUGCUAAAGAAGGUGACUUGCAAACUCUAAUAAAUCGCCAAAGAGAAAAACGACUGUUUUUUAGUGAAAAAUUGAUAUGGAAUAUCGCCUAUGAAAUCUGCUUACUCCCCCCCCCCCCCUCCGUGAGCGAACAAAACCAUUAGAAAAAUCGCCAUUUUUUGACCAAAAACCCACCCUCCGUGAGUGAACAAAAAUUUUUUUAAUAGAAAAAAUUUUAAUGGAAAAAAAUUUUUGAUAUAUAAGUGAUAAUUAGUAUAAUGAAAUCUAGAGCUAAUUCUGUUUAAUUUUAAAACAAAUUGCGUUUUAAAAACAUAAAUUUUGCAAAUUAAAUUAAUAUUUGCUUCCCAAUUUUUGCAAAUUAGGAUUUUUUUAAAUUUCGAAAAAAAUAUUUUUUAUAAAAUUUAUAUAUAAAUUUUUUUUAAAAAAAAAAAUUAACCCCCCUCCGUGAGCGAACAAAAUUUUUUUGUUCGCUCACGGAGGGGGGGGGGGAGAGUUAGGAGUCGAAUAUUUGCAUACACAACAUAUUGCCCAUAGAGAUAUAAAAUGCAUGAAUAUUUUGCUAGAUGACGACAAAAGAGCAAGAAUUGCUGAUAUGGGAGUUUCUAAGAUCAUGCAAGAAGAUAACGUCUUUGAAGGCACUCAGGUGGGGACUCCUUUGUAUUUAAGCCCAGAACUGGUUCAGCACCAGCCUUAUGAUUUUAAAGUUGAUGUAUGAGCGAUUGGCUGCGUUUUAUAUAAUUUAGCUACAUUAGAGCCGCCUUUUCAAGCUGAAAAUCUGAUUUCUCUCGCCAAUAAAAUCGUGAAGACUCGCCAAAAACCACUGCCAGGGUGUUAUUCAGCAAGAUUAAAUAAUUUUAUUUUUAAACUUUUAGAAAAGAAGCCAAAAAUACGCCCAUCAAUUGCAGAAGUUCUCAGCCUAUUCCCAAAAUAUGUAAAAGAAAACUACAAAGAGCCAAAAUUGGUCACAAAUAAGCCGAAUUCAGUAGAACCCAACAAUAAUUCAGUGAAAAAUGAGUCCCCUAAGCCUUUACCAAAAAUUUUGGGCCAAAUUGAAGUAAAGCCUGGGUAUUCUAUUGCAAAAAGAACGGCCUCGGUAGGAAAAUACCCUCAGCGGUUUAAUAAUUAUUUGAUAUCAAAUAACAAGUUAUCAUCAAGUCGAAGCCUUUGUUGGAAGCCAGGGACGAAUUCUAGCACUAAUUUUAACACGGCGAAGGAUCCAGCUCCAGCACGUCCAAGCACUGCAGUUUUUUCUGAGCGUAGAGUUAUAGUUCCACAAAGACCAAGCACGGCUCAUCCAGCUGUAAAUCAUUUUUCUUCUUUCCAAAGCGUUUAUGAGCCUCCUCGACUUAAAUUGGUGUUUGAAAGGCCAAGCUCAGCAGCUAAAAAAGCUACAGUGUCUGAUUUAUUAAAUUUAUUAUACCAUAUUAGCAUAUAUAUGUAUUAUUUAAACAAAUAAUCUUAUUAGUCUAAUUUUAAUUAUUCAAGAUUUAUAA